AUGGAAAACGACCCGCUGCUCGCAGCUCUCAACCAGGAGGCGCCCGAGGUGGCUGCCACACCCACAGAUCCCGAGCGGGAAAAGGCGAUCGAGUCGUUCAAGAGAAAACUCAAGGAGCAUCGAGAGUACGAGGUCAAGCUCAAGGACUUGCGACUGGGCAUCAGAGACCUCGAGCGCAAAUUCGACAAGACCGAGGACGACAUCAAGGCGCUACAGUCGGUAGGCCAGCUGAUUGGCGAGGUUCUUAAGCAGCUGGAUGAGGAGCGGUUCAUCGUCAAAGCCUCCAACGGCCCCCGAUACAUUGUGGGCUGUCGGUCCAGCAUCAAGAAGGAGAAGCUGCUGCAGGGUGUGCGUGUGUCUCUGGAUAUGACCACUUUGACUAUCAUGCGAAUUCUUCCCCGAGAGGUCGAUCCUCUUGUCUACAACAUGACCACGUUUGAGCCUGGAGAGCUGACCUUCUCCGGUAUCGGUGGCCUCAACGAGCAGAUCCGUGAACUCAGAGAGGUCAUUGAGCUGCCUCUGAAGAACCCCGAGCUGUUUUUGCGAGUCGGAAUCAAGCCUCCCAAGGGUGUGCUUCUGUACGGCCCUCCCGGAACAGGAAAGACCCUGCUGGCCAAGGCCGUGGCCGCCACUAUUGGCGCAAACUUCAUCUUCUCGCCCGCCUCAGCUAUCGUCGACAAGUACAUUGGAGAGUCUGCCCGUCUGAUUCGAGAAAUGUUCGGAUACGCCAAGGAACACGAGCCCUGUAUCAUCUUCAUGGACGAGGUGGACGCCAUUGGAGGACGUCGAUUUUCCGAGGGAACCUCCUCCGACCGAGAAAUCCAGCGAACGCUCAUGGAGCUGCUGAACCAGAUGGACGGUUUCGACUAUCUCGGAAAGACCAAGGUCAUCAUGGCCACCAACCGGCCCGAUACUCUGGACCCCGCCCUGCUGCGAGCAGGCCGUCUGGACCGAAAGAUCGAGAUCCCACUGCCCAACGAGGCCGGCCGUCUGGAGGUGUUUAAGAUCCACGCUGCUGGCGUUCAGAAGCAGGGCGAAAUCGAUUACGAGGCCCUGGUCAAGAUGAGCGACGGUUUCAACGGAGCAGAUAUCCGAAACGUGGUCACCGAGGCUGGCUUCUUUGCCAUCCGAGACGAUCGGGACUACAUUGUUCAGAACGAUCUGCUCAAGGCCUGCAGAAAGGUGUCCGAGAACAAGAAGCUGGAGGGUAAGCUCGAGUACGAGAAGUUGUAG